GUCAAUAUCCCUCCAGCAGAAAACGCAACACAUGAGAAAUACUUACUUUCGCCAAAUGCUUGAGCCAAAUGGCUCCUUCGGUUCCCGCCGCCCCCCCUCCGACCGCGCGAGCACCCUGGCCGCAAUGGGGGGAGCCCCGGCGUGCUGCGUCUGCCUCGCCACUUCCGCGCUGGCGCAGGGGGUCUUCGGUCAACCUCGUGCUGUGCUUCGUCGUUGGGAUCGCGCUUGGCGUAGGGGUCGCGUUUUCCGACGAGGAGAGUGCCGCCCUACGGGGGCUGGUGAUGUCCACUGGCCUCGUCGUCAUCGUGACCGCUAUCGUCAUGUCCGCGUCCCGGUUGUGUGCGCCGUGCUGCUGCGAGGAGCUGGAGGAGGCUGGCCCGUGCUGCCCGCGCAACUGCUUCCUGCACUUUGACACGCCGCUGUACGUGUACGCGAUGGUUUCUCUGAUGACCGUAAGUUUUGACCAGGUCACUCCCAUGCUGCAGCACCUCAGGCUACUGAGGCUGAUUCUGCCUUGCCUGUACCUCGCCUCGGUCGUCUGUGCAAUCGUCAAGCUGUGCGUCAUGAAGCAGCUGUGCUGCCUAGGCCUUCUGCCGAAGGUCGAUUCGCCCACCACCCCAUUGCCCAGGGACGCCCCCGUCAUCCUCGGCCAGCCCGUCUCCGACGGGCCCCCCAAGGCCGCGACCUGAGCCCCCUGUGGCUGGCCUGCCGCCGCGGCGGCUCCGCGGCAACCAGCCUUUUUUGUUGCCGCCGCCGCCACCGGCCGCCGCCGCUGGCCCGAGAGUUCCGCCUCGGACGUCGGCGGGCACCGCCGCGGGCACCUGGCCCGUCGGGCCGCCGCCCGGCAGGCCAAGCGUCGGCGCUGCACCUUGUCCGCCGCGACACCCGCGAGGCGCUCUCGUGAUCUGCCCGCCGGCCCCCGCCCACCACCCCUCUACAGGGGCUGUUGACUCACACGUUUGCCAUGGCCAACCUGGGCGUAGGUGCUAUAGCCACCCUUGGCAGCGCUGCCCUGCCCAGCCAUAUCACUGUUCUGCACUCUUUCACCAGCCAAGACCGGUACAUAAUGCAUCCAGUCUGGUUCAGACAGUUCAGAUUGACUCGUCGCACGUUUGUUUCUGUCUCAAUCAUGAGGCGCAAUCCGAACAAGCGCUGGC